AUGGGCAUGAAAAAAUCAGAAAAGGGUAGUGGUAAAUACAGAACAAGUUCUCUCUUCAUCAAACCCAGCUCCUCUGUUUUCCCUGGUAGAAACUCCUUUGAAACUCCUGGUUCUUCUUUAGCUGAAAUCAGAACCGAGAAAAAGAGACUGAAAGAAUUUUUACUCACCGGAGAUUUCGACGACGACGAUGACGACGACAACAAAUCUUCCUCAAAACCCUUCUGGCAAUUCAAGAGAAGCAGCAGUCUGAACUGCGAACGAAUCAGAACCAGAGGGCUAAUCCGAUCACUGCAGUUUCUUUCACGUAGCAACUCAACUGGGUCGGUUCCGAUUCCGAAACAAACUCAGACCCAGAAACCAAAUUUUCAAAAACAAACCAGAAAAUCAAAGUCCUCUGUCGGUAAUGGUUAUUUCAUGUACAGUUCGAGUCAAAAGCCGCCAUUGAAGAACGGUUGUGGAGCUUAUGGUAAUGGGGUUAAUGGUAUCAGUCCGGUCCUGAAUUUUCCACCAGCGCCGCCAUUUAUUUCUAAUGCAACUGAGAGGUUGUUUGGAUUUGGUUCUUCACUCUGUAAUGGCAAAGCUAGAAAGAAGAAGAAAUCAUGAUUGUUUUCUUUGAAUUUUUAAGUUGGGUUCGUGUGAAUCUUUGAAUUAAAGAUGGGUUUAGCUUGAAAUGUUAUAUGGUACAUGAAUUAGCAUGUGAUCAUUGUCUGUAAAUUGAAAGAAGAGAUGAGAAUAGUGAAGAAGAGAGAUCAGAUCUGGAAUCAA